GGGGUCGCCGCGCUCGGCUCUGCCUGUGGGAGCCGCGGGAGGCGUGCGGGCAGAGCAGCAUGGCGGCGGCCGCGGGCGAGGCGCGCAGGGUGCUGGUGUACGGCGGCAGGGGCGCGCUGGGCUCCCGAUGCGUGCAGGCGUUCCGGGCCCGCAACUGGUGGGUCGCCAGCAUUGACGUGGUGGAGAAUGAAGAGGCCAGUGCGAGUGUUGUGGUUAAAAUGACAGACUCGUUUACUGAGCAGGCUGACCAGGUGACCGCUGAGGUGGGAAAGCUCUUGGGUGAAGAGAAGGUGGACGCAAUCCUUUGUGUGGCUGGAGGAUGGGCUGGGGGCAACGCCCGAUCCAAGUCUCUCUUUAAAAACUGUGACCUGAUGUGGAAGCAGAGCAUGUGGACGUCAACCAUCUCCAGCCACCUGGCCACCAAGCACCUCAAGGAAGGGGGCCUCCUGACCUUGGCCGGUGCCAAGGCUGCUCUGGACGGGACUCCAGGGAUGAUCGGCUAUGGCAUGGCUAAGGGUGCCGUUCAUCAGCUCUGCCAGAGCCUCGCGGGGAAGAACAGCGGCAUGCCGUCGGGGUCUGCGGCCGUCGCCCUGCUCCCGGUGACCCUGGAUACGCCGGUGAACAGGAAAUCGAUGCCUGAGGCCGACUUCAGCUCCUGGACACCCUUGGAGUUCCUAGUGGAAACUUUCCAUGACUGGAUCACAGAGAAAAACCGACCGAGCUCAGGGAGCCUAAUCCAGGUGGUAACUACAGAGGGAAAGACAGAGCUUACCCCGGCGUAUUUUUAAGCUUCGUCUCAGUGCCUGAUAGGCAACUGCCAGAAAAGUUGUUGAUCCGUCUCAGUGUGGCCGUGUCCAGCCCUGUGUUUUCUGUAAUCCUGCUCAUGGUGUAAGAUUGAGUCCUGUUUUCUCUCACUAAAUGUAUUCGUUCUUGUAGGACAUUGUUUAUGUGAGGUAAAAAUGUGUACGGGCGGAGGCAAUCUGUGUAUAACUGUCAGUUUGGGAGGUUUCUGAAGGGCCUCCUCCUUGUCUACGCCACCUUGAAUUCCAUUUGAGACUGUUCAUCUGUCCCUGACAGCAGUCGUCAACUUGAUUAGUUCAUAGAUUUGUUGAUAUUGUGGACAUUUUGGGGCCUGAGUUAUUUUUAAGUGUCAUGUUUUUAUCACAGAUGUAGUUUUUGCAGCCUUGAGUUAAACUGCCUUAAAACUCCUUUUGCGGUGUAAGCAGAACCCUAUGGUCUCUGUGAAGGUAUCUUUCCCCCGUGCAGUUGCCAAGUGUGCAAGGUAACUGCUUGUGGUUAUUUGAAGUUCAUCUUCCUAAUAAACGCACUUCAUUUACUA